UCAAAGUACAAGCUACCGGCUUUAAAACUAUUAAUCUUGGAGGCCUGAUAUUCUAGAGCUUCUGCCGCCCCAUUAUACCAGCCAGCACGAACAUCACUAUUUUCUCUCUAGUUUUCAAUUUUGGACCUAAACUUUAUAUUGAGAAGAUCAGCUAGGUAACCAGCGAUAGACAGGCUCACCACAAUGUCUCAAGGGGUGAAACUGCUACUUCUUGAUCAUCAUGUGGUUAUGGAUAAUGGCAUAGUUCAAGUGACUUUAUCGAAGCCAGAUGGAAUUGUUACUGGAAUUCAAUAUAAUGGCAUUGACAAUUUACUGGAAGUUCUAAAUGAGGAAGUUAAUAGAGGGUACUGGGACCUUGUUUGGAGUGAAUCAGGAAGCAGUGGAACAACAGGAACUUUUGAUGUGAUAAAAGGUACAAAAUUCAAGGUGAUAGUGGAAAAUGAGGAACAAGUAGAGAUCUCAUUCGAAAGAAAGUGGAAUCCCUCUCUCAAGGACAAGCUUGUCCCCUUAAACAUUGACAAAAGGUUUGUAAUGCUUCGUAAUUCCUCAGGCUUCUAUUCCUACGCUAUAUACGAGCACUUCAAGGAAUGGCCUCCUUUCAAUCUUCCCCAAACCAGGAUUACUUUCAAGCUCAGAAAAGAAAAGUUUCAUUACAUGGCAAUAGCAGAUAACAGACAAAGGUACAUGCCACUUCCCGAUGACCGGCUUCCCGAUAGAUGCGAAGUGCUUGCACCACCUGAGGCCGUCCGACUUAUCAAUCCUGUGGAGCCUGAGUUCAAAGGACAAGUAGAUGACAAAUAUGAAUAUUCGAGCGAUAACAAAGAUCUUAAGGUCCAUGGGUGGAUAUGCACCGACCCAGCCGUCGGAUUUUGGCAAAUUACACCCAGCUAUGAGUUCCGCUCCGGUGGGCCGGUUAAGCAGAACCUAACCUCUCAUGUUGGCCCCACUUGUCUUGCGAUGUUUCUGAGCGCCCACUAUUCAGGAGAGGAUUUGGUGUUGAAACUGAAACCGGACGAGCCAUGGAAGAAAGUAUUUGGGCCUGUUUUCAUUUACCUUAAUUCGGCUGAGUCUGAUGAAUCUGGAUCUGAUCCACCUCUUCAGCAGCUCUGGGAUGAUGCUAAAACCCAGAUGAUGAUUGAAGUACAAAGCUGGCCCUAUAAUUUUCCAGCUUCCGAGGACUUUCCACCAUCUGAUCAACGAGGCAGCCUUAGCGGUAGAUUGCUUGUGAAAGACAGGUACAUCAGUGAUGAUGAUAUAUCAGCAACCUGUGCAUAUGUCGGAUUGGCUCCACCUGGUGAGGUUGGGUCAUGGCAAAGAGAAUGCAAGGGUUACCAAUUCUGGACGCGGGCAGAUGAAAAUGGAUAUUUUGCAAUAAAUGAGAUACGAAUGGGAGACUACAAUCUUUAUGCAUGGGUUCCUGGUUUCAUUGGAGACUACCGAAACGACCAACUCUUUCAAAUAACUGCAGGUUGUGAUAUUGAUGUGGGUGAUAUCGUAUAUGAACCUCCAAGAGAUGGGCCCACAUUGUGGGAAAUUGGCAUACCUGAUCGCACUGCUGCUGAAUUCUAUGUUCCGGAUCCUAAUCCUAUUUAUGUUAACCCACUUUACUUAAACCAUGAUAGGUUUAGGCAGUAUGGACUAUGGGAGAGAUAUGCAGAUUUAUAUCCGAAUGAUGAUUUGUCUUUCACAAUUGGUGUCAGCGACUAUACCAAAGACUGGUUCUUUGCUCAGGUUAACAGGAAGAAAGAUGAUGGUACAUAUGAAGGCACCACAUGGAAAAUCAACUUCAAACUUGACAAUGCGAAUAAAACAGGAAGUUUUGUGCUGCGCAUUGCCCUUGCUACUGCAAAUUUGGCUGAAUUACAAGUUAGGGUGAAUGAUCCAAAGGGGGAGCCUCCGUUAUUUACAACAAGUGUGAUUGGGAAUGACAACACAAUAGCUAGACAUGGAAUUCAUGGACUCUACUGGCUCUACAACAUAGAGAUACCAGCCUCAUUGCUUGUGGAAGGUGAUAAUACAAUAUUUCUAAAACAAACUAUGAAUACUAGUCCUUUUCAAGGGAUUAUGUACGAUUAUAUUCGUCUUGAAGGUCCCCUGUCUUCUAAUUUCGACACCAAAUAGUAGAAGAUGAAUAUAUGUAUGCACCUUCAUUAUUCUUUUAUUUUUAGACAACUUUAUCUCACUUAGUUUGUAUUUGUAUUAUUUAUUCUGCCUUUUUCAUUUAUUUACCUAUUUGUUGAUGUAAUAUACCUAAUAUUCUCAUUUUAGAAAAGGAGACCUGUAUAGUCGGGCCGUCUAAUUGUGGUCAUAACGCCCUUAAGAACACCCUUAAGAACAAGUCCAACAGGUUUUUAUGAUUAAUGCCCCAUAUAGUCCAGUUAGAAACAUGCCCUUCAAGUCUAAACUUUAGAUUUUUCUAUCCCUUUAUCUAGAAAAUGUGUAAAAUUCCCUUUACAUCCUUGUCCAUU